CGUCAGGCGGUCUGAACGGACUGCUAUUGCGUAGUGCCGACUCGGGUUGUGUAUUCCAAUUGACAAGAAGCUAUGGGAUUAGCAAAAUAGUCCAGAGGUGCGCGUAUCUCCAUGGUCACCUCUGAAAACAUUCUUCAUUAGCCCUUUCCAUUGCUGAGAUGGUGUUAUUGUUACGUACGAGCGCUGAUUUUUACUACAUUGUCUUACGGAAGAAUGUUAACAUCUGUGGCUUUGAGUAAAGCUGGAAAACGAACUUGCCACCUGAGCUAACUCGCUAGCGCGUUAGCAGGCUCGGCUCGACGACAUAAUAAGCUGCUGUGCUUUUGGGGACACGGUGUGCUCGUUGUGUCAGAUCAACCCGACGCUCAUUGAGGACAGUAUCUGUGAUUUUCAGUUCGCAUCUUUGGUCUACCUUGUCUUUCACGGUUGCCUUUGUUGUGGAAUAAUCUGCCCUGGCCGCGGGAUGGAGUGGCACCAGUUUACUUGCUAGCAAGCGAGCUAACAGCAGCUUAGCCGGUCCCCAGCGUCUUCGCAGCGUUAGUAGAGCACUGCUGUCAUUCCGCUGGCUAAAAAUACACUUCUUGCCCCAUGCUCAGUGCCCCUCCAAAAGUGGUGGGCUAGUCCACAUUGGGCUUGUCUUCGGCUUUUCUGGUAACCUUGCUCGGUGUUUGGCACUCUACAUGGUCACUACAGUGAAUUCAAGACGACUUGAAGAGCGAGUCGGACCCCGAGGUUGUGAGCCGAGCUGGCCUGAUCUAACGUUACAUCGUACCGGCUGGUGGGCUUCAGGUGUCCAAGUGAACGAAACUCGGCUUUGGCUGAUCGGUGGCCGAAUAUCAUUUUGCCCUAAUGGCCUUGUCCUGUCUGCAGUAGUAAUAUAACAAACCUUGGUCCAGCCCAGGGUUGCAAGACCGAAACUCUAAAGGUCAGAGAAAAACGCUUUGUUUCCACUGUCAACUGUCUGAGAUUGGCGAGGCAGACUUCAUCUGUCCUGAGCAGAACACCAUGUCGGAGGAUAACAACGCAGACAAGUUUAUCAAGGAGACAUCCAUUCUAGACGAGUACAACAUCAACUGGACGCAGAAGUUGGGAGCCGGCAUCAGUGGACCUGUCAGAGUUUGUGUGAAGAAGUCAUCUCAGGAACGCCUGGCCCUAAAGAUCCUCAUUGAUCGCCCCAAGGCCAGAAACGAGGUGCGUCUCCAUAUGAUGUGUGCCAACCACCCAAACAUAGUGCAAAUCCUGGAGGUUUACGCCAAUAGUGUCCAGUUCCCACACGAGUCCAGCCCGAGAGCAAGGCUCCUGAUUGUUAUGGAGAUGAUGGAGGGUGGCGAGCUGUUCCACAGAAUCAGUCAGCACAGGCACUUUACUGAAAAGAUGGCCAGCCAGGUCACUAAACAGAUCAGUCAAGCCUUGGAACAUUGUCACUGUCUAAAUAUUGCACAUCGCGACCUGAAGCCAGAGAACCUGCUCUUCAAGGAUAACUCUCUGGAUGCACCUGUUAAGUUGUGUGACUUUGGCUUUGCCAAAAUUGAUCAAGGAGACUUGAUGACCCCUCAGUUCACUCCCUACUACGUAGCACCUCAGGUACUUGAGGCUCAAAGAAGACACCAGAAGGAAAAGUCUGGAAUUAUACCUACCUCACCCACUCCUUAUACCUAUAACAAGAGCUGUGACUUGUGGUCUCUCGGUGUGAUCAUCUACGUGAUGCUGUGUGGUUAUCCUCCGUUCUACUCCAAGCACCACAGUCGCACCAUCCCGAAGGACAUGAGGAAGAAGAUUAUGACGGGCAGCUUUGACUUCCCCGAAGAUGAGUGGAGCCAGAUCUCUGAGAUGGCCAAGGACAUUGUACGCAAGCUGCUGAAGGUGAAGCCAGAGGAGAGGCUGACUAUUGAAGGAGUCUUGGCCCACCCUUGGCUCAACUGCACUGAGGCCCUUGACAAUGUGCUGCCCUCCGCCCAGAUGAUGAUGGACAAGGCGGUAGUCGCAGGUAUCCAGCAGGCCCAUGCGGAGCAGUUGGCCAACAUGAGAAUUCAGGAUCUGAACGUCAGCCUGAAGCCCCUAAACUCUGUCAACAACCCAAUCCUCAGGAAGCGGAAACUACUAGUCCCCAAGCCCAGUGACGGUUUCUUCAUUCAUGACCCAGAGAACGGAGGGGAAGACUCCAACGUAGCGCUGGAAAAGUUACGAGAUGUCAUUGCACAGUGUAUACUACCACAAGCUGGAGAGAACGAGGAUGAGAAGCUGAAUGAGGUGAUGUAUGAAGCCUGGAGGUUCAACAGAGACUGUAAACUGCUGAGAGACGGCCUGCAGGGGCUCAGCUGGGACGGACGAGCCUUUUCUGAUAAAGUUGACCGCUUGAAGUUGGCUGAAAUAGUAAAACAGGCCAUCGAAGAGAAGACGAAUCUCCAAGAAUCUCAUUAGCAAACGCUGUCUUUCUAUCUUCUUUUUAUAUUGUUUAUUAUGACCCUUUUUAACCCAUAUCUGUAAAGAGGCUUUUUUAUGUAAAAUGAUGCGCUAAUUUUGUUUUUUCAUGAAUUCACUUGCAAGACCUAUUGUACAGCUGUAGAUAUAUUUCAGAGGACUCAUUGGUACUAUAAUUUUUUUUUUAAAUGGACACUUGCAAAGAACAUUGAAAAAAAACAACUAUAUUUUCAUUUUUGCAAAAAAAAAAAAGAAAAAAGAGAAAGAUCAGUUAAAGAAAUUAUUUUCUGGGAGGGAAUUUUUAUUAGCUGCUUGUCCAAGACGUCACGUGUUUUAUCCCAGUUAUUUCCUUUUAUUCUAUUUUAUUUACUUUUAACCAUCCUAAGAAUUUUAUUUAUUUAAACAAAGAAUUCCAUUAUUUUAUACCUUACUUGUAGCCUGGCAGUGGGCUCUAAAGUCGAGAGAAGCCGUCUACGAUGUGACUUUGUUCUUCCAAACACACUCUGAAUCUCAGACUGCAUUUAAGUUAUCUGAAUCUUUGUUUUUGUGUAACUUUCCCCUGACCUUUUUGUUGUAUAGAGGUCAAGGCAGAGUGGAAAUGGAGGUAAAAGAAAGUGUCAUGAAAUAGACGAAUGCAGCCCCAAAUUAAUUUAGUCAAAACCCCUUUUUUGAAGCUGGUAAGAGACGGCACUAAACAGAUCGAAGCAUGCUGCAUAGGCAUGAACACUAUGGCUGGGUUUCUUUCAGACUCAUUUAGAUCAAUGUUUUUUGACAAAAACAUCUUAAUUUAAGGUCCACUUACUAGCUUUUUUUGGAACUUUUAACUGUCUCGCAGCCUUCUUUUCUUAGAUUGUGAGAUGCUGUUGAAAGCUCCAGUUGAGUUAAGACUUUAUUGUCAAACUGUUUCCAAGGUCAAGAAUGAACUUUUCACGAUUAUCUAGAUCCAUGUAGAUUUCACACACAAACUCCAUUCACAUGAAGCGAUGAUACUGUUUCUGAUGUUUGUGUCUGGCAAGUAAAAUGAAGUGAAUUAUUUCAAAUAUUUGCAAAGGCAUUUUAUACAUUUCUGAUGGGAUUCUGAAAGGUCUUAAGUUCAGUCUUCAAUUAAAGUUGUUUAUCUGUGAAACUGAAGCAGUCUGAGCUGCUUUGACUUGUAUUUACUGGAAUUCAGACCAGGGUCAGUUGAUAUUUAAGUCCUUUUUAAAGCAGGAGCGCUUGCUACUUGAGCCAACAGAAACACAAAAAAACACCUGGCGCAGUUUUGGUCCAACAUAGUCGACAUCUUUUUGCCAGAAAAGAUCAGUAGAAAGGUUUCAGCAUCCAUAAAACAGGUCUGUUAGGAUUUCAGUCUCAACAUGCUGUGCCACUGAAUGUGCAAUAGGGCAAUAAUUUAUUCAUGUAUUGAUAGUGCAUGAUAGUGAGAUGGUGUGUAUCAGUCUGUUAGUAUUACUGUCUGACCUUCCCUACUUCAUUUCAAUGGUCUGAAUACCAGCAAAUGCUCCCCCCCUUCACUCAUCCUCUAGUUGUAAUUAAUAUCAUAUCACUGAUUAGCCAAAGUGAACUUUUUAGCUCUAGUGCUAUAGUCAUAUCUGAUAUUAUUUAUUCAAAGAGGGGUUGAAAGAAGGGAUUCAUGUUCAGGUGUUUGAAUGAGGCCAUGUUGAGUCAACAGAACAGGGCUUAGAUGGCUGAGAGUGCAAGUUCUCUUGUUCAGUGCCUGGUUAUUUCUUCAAUAAUGUUUAUUGUUUAUUUUAAAAAUCCUCAUACGUUUGUUUGAAAUUCCCCUUUGACAAGUUCUUGGCUUUAUAUGGAAUAAUUUUUUCUGUGAACAUAUUUUCCUGUCACUAUUACUGCAUUAACCAUGUUUUUUUUUACCUUAAUGAAAAGAUAUUCUGAGUAAUUAGCAAACAUUGGUGCAAUAUAUUGUUGCUGUCCAGUGGAAAAACUUGUAUCACCAAUUUUGGUGAUUUUGAGAAACUGAGAUUGAGAAAAUUCUCCCACUUCAUAAGAUAAAUAAACCAUUUAAAAACUCAUUGGAUUAUCUUUUUGCAUUGUCACAUAGCUAAAAACAGGGCUGUUUUUCUUAGCUCAUGAAUGGUUGACAUUUUGGAGACACAGGACAGUGAUGAUAUGUAAGCUGAUCCUUUUUCACACCAUUUGUAACUGACAUGAAGAAAAAAUGCAAGCCUUCAUUUGAUUGUCUUGUAUUUCUUAUUUAGGUUUGGCUUCAAAACAAAAAAAUGAGCAAUCAUUACUAACAUGAUUCUGAGAGAUCAUUUUGACUGUAGGUCUUGAUGAUGGUUUGUCAUACAGUCUCCCUUAAAAGCUUAAUGAUAACCACAGCUUGUGUUUGAAAAGGCCUUAUUAACAUGUGGUUUUAUGCUCAAAUGUGCCUUGUUGAUGGGGCGGCAUCUUCAUCCUUUACUGCUUUUAUCAGUAAAAAUUAAUUACAGGAUGAAGGGGAAACUCAGAAUCAUCAUAAGUAGUGAUUGGUGUUUGUCCUUUUGGCUGUAAUGUGCUCGUUUUCAUGUGAGGAAGUCACAUAGUAAGUUAUUGUGACAAAGUCUUUCAUUCCACAAUUCAUUGUAUUGGUUUGGCAACAUUUUGUUGAAAUUCAUUUAGCAUCAUAUUUGGGGAAAAAUCUUGAUUUUUAGAUAAAUUGAUUGGCUUGUGUCUUAAGUUAACCCCUUGUUAACUUAACCACUGACACAUUAAAGAAAUGGUUCAGCAUUUUGGGAAAUAACUUAUUCGCUUUCUUGCUGAGAUUAAGAAUUAAGCCAGAUGAGAAGCUUGAUACCACUCUGUCCAUUGAAUACAAGGCUAUAGCUAGCAGCUGGUUAGCUUAUCUUAGCUUAAAGACUGGAAACAAGGGGAAACAGCUAGCCUGGCUCUGUCCAGUGUUAACAAAAUCCGCCUACCAGUACCUCUAAAGCUCACUAAUUAACUAAUUAUAUCUUGUUUGUUUAAUCCGUCCAAAAAUCGAAAUGUAAAAUCAACCAUUUGCCAUUUUAUGGGGUUUAUUUGCCUGCCGGACUAUUUCUUAAAGGGCAUAACUUCCUGGAGUCUCCACUCGUUGCCUGGCAACGGGUCACAGCCAAAAAAAUUGUCUGGGCACCGGCACAUAAAGUGCAUAAAGCUGAGUGAAGAAUUGUCAUUUUUCACUUUGUUUUUUGUACAAAUUAAACAAGACAAGAUAUAACUUGUUAAUUAGUGAGUUUUAGAGGUGCUGGUGCCUUAUUUAACAAACACAUGGGAGUGGUAUCAAUCUCCAACGCCAUAAAGCGAAUUAAGUGUGUUUCCCAAAAUGACUAACAUUUUGCUUUAAUGUGCAGCAGUCAAGUUUGUUUUUUGUUUUGUUUUAAUGUUGGAUCAUACAUUUUAGCACAUCAAAUGUACAGUAUUGCAGAAUCAGCACAGCUUCUCACUGAAAGUGGAACCUGAAUGCUGCUGUUUUGUUUUGCUUUGACCAUGUCUGUCUGGAUGUGCUGUUUUGUUUUGCUUUGACCAUGUCUGUCUGGAUGUGUGUCAGUAUGUAAUUAAUUUAUGUGUGCUUGUGUGUGUGCCUGGUUCAGUAUGCUGAACCUUUGUAUUAUCUGGAGGCCUAUCAAUGAAUCAGAGCUGCUUCCAUCUCUUCCCCACCCACAAAUAACAGAAUUGAUCUCCCGAGUGAGCAUUAUUGCUGAAAGAUAAUGUAUUUAAUAGCAUUUUUGCACUGUAAAGUCAGGGCAUGUAUCUUGAUAUUGAUACUCCCAACAAUGGAAAUCCCCCAAGGGAAACAUAGUCACAUCAUUUACCUGCUGUUUGCUGCUCCGUUUGGCUCAGUGUUACUAAAAGUCCCAGAGGGCAUUUGAUUUUGAAGAUGCUACUUCCCUCACCUGCAUCCUCUUACUUAGUAGUUCCUGCUGCAGGAUGCCCCUCUGACUGACAUUCAGGCUAACCUAAGCUUUAGACAGAUUUCACAAAUAUUAAGUAGCUUCCACUAGUCACUUCCUCUCUCUUAUCUGCUCAGUGAAGACAAACAACAUUUCUGAUUUUAUCCAAGCUCUCCCAACAUGGAUGCUGACUGAGGAGAAAUAAACCAUGUCCUUUUUUAAAAAAAACAGCUCAUUAAAAACCACCUGAAAGUCAGAAAUAGUUUUGUCAGCACUUCUACUCUUGAUAAAUACCAGUUGCCUCUGUUUUAUGUGUACUCAUAAAGUACGGAGAGGUAGGUUUUAUAUAUUUUGAGUUUCAAGAAAUGCUUGCUUCUUUGGGUCUGGCAUCAAACAAAGAUGUAAAGGAUUCAUUUCACCUGAAGUAGCCAUUCCUGUUAAUGUUGAUAAGUCAGGGAGAAAUGUCAAGGAAAGCUUUUUCUCUGCUUUACCAGUCUUGUUUUUUUCUCUGGUCUGGCAGUUAUGUAGCAUGUACCUGAAUCCCUCAUGAAAGACAAGCUGUAUUUCUGUCUACACAUCUAUUUUUUUUUUUUUUGCCCUGUCUGUCUUUGGAGUGUCAUCAACAUGCUGACUUUGUAAUAAAGGAAUUCUUUGACUUUUGAA